CGUGCGUGCGCGUUCAACAGAAGCUGUGUUUUACCUUUCAUGAGUCGGACUCCCUACAGGCAGAAUGCGCUGAACAGGCAGAAUGCGACUGAAGCGGAGAUUACUGUGUGGAGCUUGGAGGUGGCGCGUGUCUCUCCCCGCUGCACGGAGACGUGCGCGCCGUCCAAACUAACUGUGACAUUCUUCUGUCUUCUGGACGGCGGGGAAACCAGGAAAAACGCAUACCUACGAAAUGGCUAAGGAGACAAAAGGCAAGGUGACUUUACGCAAGCACAGUGCUUCCCACUGGCGUAUGCAUAACAUCGCCCAAGAAUCCAUGGACAGCUCUGAUGAUGAGUUUUUUGAUGCCCGAGAAGUGCUCUGUGGCUGUCUCCCAAAAGCUUUGGCUUAUCAUUAGGCAGCUACAUUGACAAGAGGUACUAGAGGGGAAGACUGCUAUGCUCUUGGGAAUGAGUCAGUGGAACUCUAAUGACCUGGUAGAACAGAUUGAGACUUUCGGACAGAUUGACCAGACACAAGAUAGCUUAUGCCGUGGCGACCAACCUAGGUGUAUCCACCAGAGAAGCUCUGAUGGACUGGAUACCCUUGAGGAGUGUUGUAAGACCCAGGUGCUUGUAUUGGUGGUGCAUGGGGGGAACAUUUUAGACCCAGCCAGUGGUGACCUGGGAGCAAAAGCUGCAGACGUUGCCAUUCUGUCCACAGUGCUGGAGAAAGUGGGACGGGCCCACUUUGAGACUGCCAAACACCAUAUAGUAAUCAAGCUGGUGCCCUGUCCUGCUGUAUGCGCAGAGGCCUUCUCCCUGGUUUCCAACUUGAACCCUUACAGUUAUGACGAGAGCUGUGUGUCAAGCAGUGUGGAUCACCUUCCACUAGCAGCACUUCCCCUUCUUGCUAUUGCAGCACCACACUACCAGGAUGCUGUAGCAAUAGUUAUUGCCCAAGCCAAUCAGGUCUACCAUAGUUUCCUGCAGUCUCCUGAAGGGCAAGGCUUCACUGGCCAGGUGUGUCUGUUGGGUGACUGUGUAGGUGGCGUGCUAUGUUUUGAUGCUCUCUGUUUCAGCAACAGUCCACAACAUGAUAAUCCUAGUCUCAGAGGAAGACGCAACAGUAUGGAAAGCCUAAGGGAUAAUCCAGGGUUUCUAGAAGAAACCAAAAUGGGUCUACGCUCCAGUAAGCGCCUCAGCAAAAGCAAUACUGACAUCUCAGCCCCCGAUGGGACUCAUGUGAGGAGGAAACGGCUCACCCGCAAACAGAGUGACUCGUGUGCUAUUGAAUCCUCCAAGAGCCAGCAACAUCCAGUUCUCAGCAAACUUCAAGAUGGAAUAGACCUGUCCCCUGGUGGAAGCAGUCCAUUGUUGAAUCCCGGGCAUUUUGACUUCGAGGUCUCUGAAUGUUUUCUGCUAGGGUGUCCACUCGGAUUAGUGUUGGCUAUGAGACGCACGGUUCUCCCUUCAGUCGAAGUAACUCAGCUGCAGCCUGCCUGCUCUCAGAUCUUCAACCUGUUCUACCCCUCUGACCCGUCAGCCUCCAGACUGGAGCCACUUCUGCAUUCUCUGUUUCACAGGCUACCUCCAUUCACUGUUCCAAGAUACCAGCGAUACCCACAAGGCGAUGGUCGCUCUACCCUUAUCGCCGAUGACAUCCAUGGCCACCCCGAUGUGUUCCUGGAUGAAGAAACCGUGCUCCCAUUCUCUCAGAGGGUAAAUGACGAAGAGAAAACAUUAAAGCAGGUGGUUGGCAGAGGCCGCAGGGCAAGUCUGACCAGCACAGACAGUCAAGCAUCCGGCUGCUGGGAGAGCAAGCUAAGUUGCAUCACCGCCAACAUCUCCAGUAGCUGGUGGGGCUCUAAAAGGCUAGACUAUGCACUUUAUUGUCCGGACGUAUUGACUGCGUUCCCCACUGUGGCGUUACCUCACCUGUUUCAUGCCUCCUACUGGGAAUCUACUGAUGUGGUGGCCUUUCUGCUCAGACAGGUAAUGCAUUGUGACUGUGUGAAGACUCAGGAGGCAAACAGCUCAGAUUGCAAAUCCUUUUCCCCUUCCAGUCCCAGAGAAAAAUGGCUACGGAGGCGUACACAUGUUAAGCUUAGGAAUGUCACUGCCAACCACAGAGUGAAUGAUGUCAUUGCGACUGAGGAAGGCCCACAGACUCUGGUUGGUCGCUUUAUGUACGGUCCUCUGGACAUGGUGACUCUGACAGGAGAAAAAGUGGACAUAUAUUUAAUGACACAGCCACAGUCAGGACGCUGGGUGCACUUUGACACUGAGGUCACUAACAGCAAUGGCAGAGUAUCCUAUAUUAUCCCUGACAGCAAAAAGCUACCUGUGGGAGUUUAUCCUAUUAAAAUGAUUGUAAAGGGGGACCAGACAUAUGCAGAAGCUUUCUUGACUGUGCUGCCACGGGGAAUGGAGUGUGUUGUGUUCAGUAUUGAUGGUUCUUUUGCCGCUAGCGUCUCCAUUAUGGGCAGCGACCCCAAAGUACGGGCUGGUGCUGUGGAUGUAGUCCGACACUGGCAGGACUUGGGGUAUCUUAUUAUCUACAUUACUGGGCGUCCAGACAUGCAGAAACAGAGAGUGGUGUCAUGGCUUUCCCAGCACAACUUCCCCCAGGGCAUGAUAUUUUUCUCCGAAGGGUUGGUGCAUGACCCAUUGCGCCAGAAAACCAUCUUCCUUAGAAACUUGAUUCAGGAGUGUCACAUUAAGAUCAACUCAGCCUAUGGCUCCAUGAAGGAUAUCUCUGUCUACAGCAUGCUGGGUCUCAGCCCCAACCAGAUUUAUAUAGUGGGCAGACCAUCCAAGAAAUACCAAAAUCAAUGCCAGUUCCUCAGCGAGGGCUAUGCUCUGCACCUUUCUUCACUACAGUUUGGCCAUCGGGCCCGAGCCAAGAAGACCUCGUCAAUGAGAAUGGUGCUGCGUAAGAGCUCUUUUGGGCUGUCAUCCAAGCCUGACUUCUUGUCCAAGCGAACGCAUCUGCGACGCACCAUGUCCGUGCAGCAGGCCGAACCUCCCCUGACAUUGAAUCCCAAACCGGAGCGUGCCCAAAGCCAGCCUGAGUCCAAUAAAGAGACUGGGGGUAGUGAAGGAGGUAGCCAUGUGAUAUGGGUUCGGGCAGGCAUGCACCGGGGUAAUACCACUCCCUGAACACACAUAAAGCAUGAAGGAUGAGAAAGAAGUAGGCGUGUAUUUUCAGCACUGUGUCCUGGUAUGUUUCAUAUAUGUUGAUAUUUAUGCAUACUGAACAUUAUGAACCAGUUGUUUUGUUAGUUGAGUGUCGAUUAAGUGUAGUUGAUUAUAAGUUUCCAAAUUUGUCAAAGUAUGAAGUUUAUUUAUUUGAAUCAUAAGGAAUUCACUUUUUCCAGAUACUCCCAACUCCAUGUAAAUUUAAUUUAAAUAGUUUGUCCAUAAUGGACUGCUAAGUCUUCCCUAUAAACACUGACUCAUUUACUCUCUUUCACUUUUAAAACACUCUUAAAUCUUGUGCCCCAUACUACUUGAUAGUCCGUUUUUCAUGUAAUUCUCCCUAACAGGACACACCUGAGCAUUAAUAUAUAUUGUCCAAAGUAUUGUUCAGGUACUAUACUCUUUAUGUAAAAGUGUAAAAUAAUAUUCUGGAUAUGUAUUGAAGAGCUUUUUAUUCCUACGGUGUAUUUGAUUAGGCCCAUUUUUUUUUUAAACAGGACUGUUUAUAGGGCUGUUUGGUUUUUGUUAGUAAUGUUUGGUUUAAACCCAUUCAAUCCAAGUGACCAAACAAACAUUUUUAAUUAAAAAUUGUAGUAUUUGAUUAUGGGUUUUGAUUACCAUCAAUAGGACAAACCAAGAAUAAAAACCAAAAGUUAUGCUACAUGGAAUCCAGUUUAAAAACUACUGUUAAAUAGUAUGAAAAUACUUUUAUUGAUAUUUGUAACCAAACACCUAGUUAGAGCUAUUAUUAUGAGCUGUCAUUGCUCUGAACAAUGUCUGUGGUCUCUUUUCUAUUGCUUUCUAGUCCUUUCCGUUGCUUAGUGUAGUCAAUUGCUUCUCCGAUGUAGUUUUUACAUAAUUCAAAAUUAUGUUUGCUUCAUGAAAUGUGGGAUGGCUUAUUAUAUUCCUGGUUAAAUAACAGUCCUAUUUAUCUUUUAAAUUAAUCUAGGUAUUUAGAUGUGCUUUCAUCCAAGGAUUUGUGCUCAGUAUGUCCAUCCUUCAGUGCUCUAUAACACCUCUGCAUUAUCUUCACAUCUCAACCUCUAAAUAAGGCACCACAAAUCACAUACAGUAUCUGCUUUCAGCUUCACUAUAUACAGCUUGCUUAAUCUUCAUAUGGAUUAUAUGUAAUGAGAAUUCAACCUAUUCCCCAACUUUCCUGUUUGAGCCAGGGCAAUAACAGAUCUAUCAAUGUUAAACUUAUCAGUAAGUAGUAAUUAAUUAGUAGUUGAGUAUCAGAAUCCACAUACUGUACAAGGCAUUUUUUGAGUUUCAGCUUUAAGAAGUAAGCAAUAGAGAUAUUGUUUGCUUGGUCUUGUAAAUUUGGAUUCCUCUUUUGUGGAGCUUGGCGUCCAGGCAUCCUAUUUAAAGGCAUUGUGUCAAGAGAAGGUUUAUAAUCUUCCAGCUGCAACAUCAGGAUGUCUGAAACCUAAGGAAAUAUUCACAGUUGAAGAGGAGAACUCAUAACAUGCUUCUUGGACAGGUCUUUAUGCUGGCUCCUGCAAUAAUCUUUUUGUGUAAAUAUUGCAGACUCAACACUGAUCUCUGGGCAGCUGUCCAUGAGCUGGCUGCAGAGCUAGGUUGCUGUACACUAACAACAUGCCAAAGUGCCAGUUUGAACCAGACUUGCUGUUUUAUAGCACAUCUGCACAGCCAGAACAGUGCACAUAACGACAUGCAUCCUUCAAUAAAAGAUGUGCUGAACUUUCCCCUACCCCCGUGCGAGGUCAUGCCUCAGGCCCCAUUUUUUAAGCCUGUGACCUGACUGACAAGUGAAAGGUUUAUCAAACAUCAAUGGUUUCUGUUGUGGCAUAUAUUUUUCUUGAAUUAAGAAUAAGUAAAGCUCAUAUCUGCUUUAUUAUCUGCUCAUAUCUGCUAAGUGGCAUCUGUCCAGAAAAUGUGACUUCAGAGAAUUAAAAUGGAGGGCAGCUUAAGUGUAUUACGUGUAAUCUGUACAUUGUGAUAUUCCUCAAGUUCUCACUUAGGUGACUAUUGUAAUUUGCACUAAAUCAUAUUGAUUAUUGUAUUAUAAUGAGUACAGCAAUGUUUACCAUUUAAAUUAAGAUUUUGUAUUUGUACUGUAAUUGUGGUUGUUGUUGUCCACAAGGUUAUGACUGUACUGCUCUUACUUUAUAUUACACAGUAAUAAGGUAAUUGUUUAAUCUGGUAUUGAUAUUGAUUACAUAUAAAUAACUUGUGUAUGCAUUGUACAGUACAGCCCAAACAUUUAAAGGUAACCCUGCUUUGAAAAAAAAAAAAGCAUUCCGCAGCAUCCAUAUAUAUUUUUACACCUUUAAAAAUUGACUGAUCACUUAUAUUACAUGGAGGAAUUGUUUUUUAGCUUGUUUUAAUUUGACAAGUUUCAUCAAUGAAAAUGAUUUUUUAGGAAACCGAAAUAGGGUUCUCCUAUGGCAUUCUGAAGAACCAUUUAGGCACAUUUAUUUUUAAGAGAGUAAUGGACUGUAAUUAACAAAUAGCCUUAGAGCUGUAUUUUUUCCGUUAUAUAUAAGAGUACAGCCAUAACAUUAAAAACACAUAAUACCGUAUUAACAUGUUAACAUUUAUCAUGGGCACCCAAAGGCAUAUUUUUGCUUAUAGGGAACAAAGCUCAGCCUGUCUAGUUUGAAAAGCCAAUGUGGCACAACUCAAAGACAGAAAGAUAGCAGAACAAUCUGGUACCACCAAACAAUGCUGGACAUAACGUUUUGCGUUGUAAUGUUUUGGCUGAUCGGCGUUACCGUUAGCCUUCACAAUCUAUAUAAAUUGAGCUCAAUAUGACAUAUUAAAUGUUGUCUCUUGUUUUACUAGUUGCUUUUGUAUUAAUGAAAAAAGUUUCUUUACUGAAGGAUUAAAAGCUGCAUUUUUUUUAUUUGCUUAACCAAAGUAAGUUACACUUGUAUAAUGGACUUGUAUAAUGUCCUUUAUAUAGAGCACUUGGUGUAAAAUGUUUGUGUGUGUGUGUGUGCGUGCGUACUAAUAUACAUACAUGCAAAUCAACAAGUGUUGAUUUUAAUUGUUUUGUAUUUAUUGUAAAGGUUAAAAAUGAUAAACGGUCAUGUUGCAGUUUUUUUUCUUUUGUGUCAUUAUUCAGAGGUCAUGAGACAAUUACAGUCUUAAACUGAGCCUGUAUCUCAAGCCUGUGUGACAGAAAUAUUAGACAGAUGUUUGUUUAAACUUUUGUGAAGGAUAAAAAUCGUCACUUUCUAAAUUAGUAUACUCAAUAUAUGAAUGUAUUUUCAGCCUUAUAGAAGUGAAUAUAACCCUUCAAAUAUAUAGACAUAUCUGUAUAGUAAGAGAAUAUAUUUGUAAUCUAUUCAAGUUAUAUGUUUUAAGAUGCAGCUACUGUAUAUUGUUUAUGACAAGAGUAUGGUGGAAUAACUCAAGAUUGUUGUAGUCGCAGCCAAUAAAAAUGCUUUUGGCUCAGUGUGUGACAAAACCCUGUACCUUUACUCUGUUAUACCAUCAGGUAAUAUGCAAUGGAAUUAUCGCAGCAUCUAAACAACUUACCAGCAUUUAACAUUUCUGGUAACCUGUAAUGGAUCUGAUGUACCUUGGAAUAUCUGCAUGUUAAACAUGUUUCUCCAUUUAACCUUUGGACCAUUCAAAGCAUUUACAAGUAGCAAAAGAUUAAUAAAACAAAUUUUUUUCUUGCCGAAAAGGUAUUCAUGGGUUGGCAGUUUCACUUUACCAUGAAACAUGGACAUCCAGUUAUUACUUGUAUUAUUAUU